CUUACGAAGGCUGACCCUGCUGGGGUAACCGAAAAGGCCGAAAACGUUCUGGAUCUGUCGGCUCUUAAUGAUUUUGCCGAACGGACUCUGAUAUCGACCGAGCGCGCCAAAAAGGCUUUACUGGCCGAAUGCGAAGAAGCUCGAUUUGCUUUGAAGCCGUGGCCGGUAGAGACGAUCGUUCCAAAAAAUAUUUCCAUCUCUUGCACCUGUCUCGAGGAUAAAGCCAAAGCGGAGCUCUCUUCGAUAGAAGAAAUCUCUUCUGGGAUUAGCAAAGCGGUGCUUCGAGCUCAACAGCUCAGGGAGAAAUUGGCUGCUACCGUUUCCAAGGAAAAAAGGAAGCUGCGGCAGCCCGAUGUACGGAGCAUCUAUGCUCCGGUUCCUUCGGCAUCGCUUAAAAGUGCAGCGAAGGGAAGCUUACCGCCAAGGAAGAAUCAUGCUCGCACAAAAGCGAGUCAAUCUGCCAGCUAUGGAAAGUUGACGCCUACGAGCCCUAACGCGGCGUCCUCUACAGAGUUGGAGAAGUUGAUAAAGAAAAUUUCUCUGGAAAAUGAUAGUUUGCACGGAAGCGAUUGCCCACACCAAAGUGACACUCCAAACGAGACCACCACCGUCGUCACGACAGUAGACGCAGUUGAAGGACUCGACAAGUACGGAGUUCAUCCAGAUCUAUUAGGACUUCUGAAAGUCUAUCACGAUUACUCGAAGGAGGGAAAAUCUCCCACAAAGUCUAAGAACAAAAAUGCCGUUGAUAGCUUUCUGCGAGCAUUCGAUAAAAUGAAUACUGCUGAACGAAACCAGUUGAGGGAAUCUUCGGGGGACAUAACGGAUCUUGUCGAAAGGAGUGUGUCAUUAUUCAGCGAAACGUACAAACAAGAGGGCGAUCAUUCUCGUCGCAAGGAGUGGAAAGCGGAAUACAUGAAUCUGGAUUCUGCAUACAAGAUGUUUAAUGUGAGGCAGUUUCGUGUACGUGACUUGAAAGAAUCAAAGGGUACCACAGGAUUCCUCGAAUUCCUCAAAGACUCAAACUGGGUACCCAGGGAGAUUUGGAAUGACUCUUGUUUCUCGGUAUUGAAAGAAAUUUCAGGAACCAGUCGAAACCUUUGUAUACCGUAUUUCACAAAGGACGAACUAUUGGCUUCCUGCGAAACUAUGCAACGAUUGCAGAGAACCUGUUAUCGAAAGGAUUUGAUCGACUUGUUGAUAGGAGACGUGAUACCCCAGAUAAAAAUGCGUCUCGAUCCCAAAACCCGCGAGUAUGCGGAAGCGUAUAAAAUGAUCGUUGUGAUUUCCCAGCCGAUCAAUCCGAGAGUUCCCGUUCUUGUCAGAACCGAUGAGUGAAUCGGAGCGAAAAGACGGUUUAGGAA